GAAUAUUGUGGACGGAUUUGCCGUCGAUGUGUACGAAAGACAUGCUCUUAUUUGCUUGGAGUUAGGGGAUAUCGGGGAAUUUAAUCAGUGUCAGGCUUCUUUGAAAAAGUUAUAUGAGGGACUUUCGGAUGUCAAAGAAACUUCUAUUUCUGAUUUCUUUUGUUAUCGCCUUGCAUACCUCUCCCUUGGUGGUCAGCACGAUGCUUUGGCAACGGAGUUGAUAAUUUACACAAACACAAUUACAAAAAGCACAAAGACGCCUGAAAAUGCGUCACCACGAGUAAAAAAGACGGAUUUGCGGUGGACGAUUAAGUUGUGCACGGCGUGUGAAGACGGCGACUGUGGCACGAUUUGUCGAGCUCUUAUGGCUCUUCCACGCGGAAUGCAUUUGCUACUGAAAAUAUACCUUCAGAAGUGCCGGCUAAGAUGGCUAAGGGAGGCACUCAACUGCAUACGGGGGAUGGUUUCCAUGCGCCUUGUUAUGGCCUCCAUGGGCUCUACUCCCGUGGAACGUCACAAGGGUGAGGUGGCGCCUGGCGCAGAAGGGGAAGACACCCACUUUUGGUUGGAUGGAUCCUUUGCAGAGGCCGAGGAGGCGCUCAGGCAAUUCUUUGAAAUGAUCAAAUUUCCUCUUCCCCAGAGAUUUUCAUUUGCGGAGGAAAUCCGUCGGGACAUGAAAAAAAGGUAUCCUCAUUGCGGAGAGGAGGCUCUCAAAAGUGAAGAGGAUAUUACUGUGGUUGAUGCUGCAGCGUUGUUCAAGUGUGUUGACGGGUACAUCGCCUUCCUCAGCACAAGAAGUGAUGUUGGUAUUGGUAACGCUGAAUAA